GCUCGGGAUAUCAUCAAGUACUAGUAUGUAAUAGUUCAUAGGUUAUACCAGUCUGUAGAAUGUAACAGUUGAUGGUCUCUUUACAGGUUCCCUGUGUCUGACUGUGCUGUGUACUGAGAGGUCAAAGAGAGAAUAUAUGUGAUUAUGACCCAGACCCCCCACAUCAUGGACACAGCAAGCUCCCAAUACAUCACAGCAAGCUCCCCAUACCGAGUACAUCUGUGUUCUAAGUGUCCGGGGGACACAGCGUACUAUUGUGUAUCGUGUCCAUGUGAUCUGUGUCCCCAGUGUAAAGAGAACCAUGUAAAAGAUCUCCAAACAAUAGACCAUGAUGUUGUGUUACACCGUGAUAAAAUCAACUACAUCCCAACACAAGAGAUCUGUGUGAGACAUCCUAGCCAUGUUUAUACAAAGUACUGUGAACCUUGUCGAGUUCCUGUGUGUGAUUCUUGUUUCGAGGACCAAUUGCACCGAUUCAGAAGUUUUCUCUAUGGCCAAGGACAGCACGAAAUACUGGAUUUACAAACAGCCUAUAAAACAAAGCGACAACAACACAGAGGAACCAUUCACACCAUCAGAAGUGAGGCUCUCUUUUACAGACCUGUUCUCCUGACAGGAAUCAAAGCUGAUGUCAAAACCUGUCACACAGAAUUAUCCCGCCUUCAAUCAGAGAUGUUAACAAAGGCCCAGAACCUGAAGGAUCUCAUUGACGAUGUGGUAUAUGAUCUAUUGAACAAUGUGUUUUGUGACUUUGAUUUCAAACACAGAUGUAAAAAACAGAAGAUAGAAAUGAUCAGACAUAUUGGCAGACUAAGGAGAUAUGAACACAGAUAUGUACAGCCAGCAUUCACAUUCAGUGCACUACAAUUCCUCUCCUUCACAAAGACAGCCCUCCCCCAGAUACAUCUUACACUCCACACCAGCCAGCUCUCCAUGACUGAGUCACUCAACAAGGAGGAUGUGAUGGAGUCACUGAGUGCAAUCCAAAUCACAGAGAGAGGAAACCGACGCGUAGGAAACCAGUGUCUGCUGAAACUGACGUCUGGUGCUGAGCUCCAUCAAUCUCUCACACUGACAGGUGUUGGUCGUUGUUAUCACAUUUCCUGUGUGACAUCAGACCGGGUCUGGGUCAGUGAUAGAAACAAUCUCAUGUUGACAGACACAACAGGUGUCCCUCUACAUCGUGUGGAGGAUUCAUUGAGUGGUGUAGGAUCACACACAGUGAACAGUGAGAGUGAACUGAUUUAUAUAGAUAGGAAUUAUAACAUCAACAAACUGUCAAAGGAUAUGAAAACAACCACCACAUUUAUAGAGAGAACAGACUCUACAUGGGGACCACAGUGUGUGUACUGGUCCCCGUCCACUGGGGAUCUACUGGUCGGGAUGUAUAACUAUGAUACAAACACAGGCAAGGUAACCCGGUACAACCAGAGUGGACAACUCACACAAACCAUACAGAACAAUAACACAGGACAGGGACUGUAUAGGAUACCUCUCUAUAUAACAGAGAACAACAAUGGGGAUGUCGUGGUGUCUGACUAUAGCGUUAUCUCUGUGUCUGGUGCUGUAGUGGUGACAGAGCGUGGAGGAAGACAUCGUUUCUCCUACACAGGACAUCCAUCAGGAUCACGACUACUGCCAUGUGGAAUCUGUACUGACCCGCUGUCACACAUCCUGGUGUGUGAUGGUAGAACCAAAACAGUACAGAUGAUAAAUAAGGACGGUCAGUUCCUGUCACAUCUACUGACAACAUCACAAGAGAUGGGUAGACCACUGGGCCUGAGUUAUGAUGUCAACACUCACCGUCUCUGGGUCGGAUCAUGGUUCAACAACAAGGUGUGUGUCUACAGGUAUAUCACCAGACAGGACGCUCUGACAGAUCAACACACACCCCGUCCUGAUGAGGACGCCAUGUCCAGCUCAACACCAGCCGUAUAAUGGAGAUAGCUGGGAUAUUGACAGACAAGCUGCUUUUAGAACGCCUUCAGGCCAGUUCAGGGGGAGACAGUAGAAAACCUUCCCGGAUUACCCAUAAUUCCAAUGGAAAUAAUGCGUGGUCAAUGGACUCUGUUUUACUGAAUGUGAACUUUAUAUAAAUAAUGCGUCGUCAAUGGACUUGGUUUUUCUGAAAGUAAACUCAACAUAAAUAAUGCAACAUCAAUGGACUCUGUUUCUGUGUACAUGGAUUUAACAUUUAUGUGUUCGUCAUCCUUUUUAUUAUUUUUACAUUUGUACUAUAUGUGUGUUUUACAUAAUAAGCUCCUGAGAUCUCUUAUAAAUCUCUGCUGUACUUUGGUGCUGGGACAGAGAUAUCCCUUAGAAAUGUGACGAAUGUGUGAUGAAUUUUUUUUUAGUUUUGAUUUGCACACAAGAAAUUGAUUAAAAAACACAUGCAAAGGGGGGUAACUCCAAUUUGUAUUUUUCAAUUUGAAAUGAAAGAAAGUUAUCCCCCUUCUACUAAUGUUUUCUAGAGAUAUCUGUAUUUUAUGCUGUUGAUCCCUGACAUUUUUUUGUAGGAGAGUUUAUUGAGUACAGUGGCGUCGGAAGCACAUUUCUCCCUCAUAAAAAAUGUUAUAUUGAUCAGGUAGAUGGAAAAUUCAUGUUUAUGUAAAUAGUUUUGGAGGAAUAUUGUGACCAAGUUUAAGUUUACUGAUUUUCUUUUGUAUUCAGCUUACCAUGAAAUACAUACUACUUAUAUACAAAUGAUGUUUGGUGAGUCGUAGCAAUCUGUAGAUAGGACUCAAUAAAUGUGAAGAAAUUCACUAUCAGAUUGACUGCUGAUUAAAGUGCUAAUCAAUGAUUUAUUUAUUCCUAGAUUGACAGAUUUUUUAAAUGUAAUAUAUAUUGUUUUAUUAAAGUGUAUAUAAAAACUACAUUGUAUAUCAAUUUUAAUUAGUAAGCAUUUUAAUAAAAAUACGUUGAGCUUUUGAUAAAAAGAUACGCCCAUUUAUAAUUGGAACACAGAUGCUUAUUAUGUACAAAUCGCGGAAUUAACAGCCUCCAUGUAUCUAUGCAUUAAUGCGUCAUUACAUCAGAAUUAGAUAUGUAUCGUAUUCAUCAUCCCACUGAGAU